AUGGCGGACACAGUAAACGACCUUCCCGAGAUACCGAAUUUGCCGCCUUUCGAGCUAGACAACGGCGAAGUCGAAAGGUCGGAGCCGACCUGCCGUCUUCUCAACCUGCCUGCCGAGCUCCGAAACGAAAUCUACGAGCUAGUCCUCGUCAGCAGCGGCAGAAUCGAACUUACCACCACGAGGCCCAAGUCAUUGAGGGAGCCAGCAUUCCUGGCGAUUAGCCGUCAGAUCCGCACCGAGGCUACCGCUAUCUACUACGGUAGCAACACCUUCUGUCGAAAAGUGUAUUACAACGACGGACGAAGGUGGUCUUUGCUGGAGAAGUGGCUUCGCAAAAUUGGUCCCGAGAGAUGCUCGAUGCUUCGAGAGAUGGUGAUUUCGUCCGGGUGGACACUCAACAUCGACUGGGUAAAGGGCUAUCUGUCGAAGCACCCACAGGGCCUGCGUGCAUGCCUGGACCGAGGUGUACCUGUGACAAGCAUUCGCUGGGACUUCAGAUACGACCUACGAACCGAGGACAAGGAGCAAUGGGGGCAAAUUUGGGAAGAGACCAGAGCCAAGUUUGUGAGGGAGAGAAUUUGA